AUGUCUUCCCAGCAGGGGAAAAAGGCCAAAGGAGCAACUCAACCUGGCAUCCUCUACGAAUUCCCGUGGGAGUUCAUGGGAUCCUACAAGUACCUCCUCUUCCUCCCGUUCCUGUACGUGGUGUGCAGCGGGCAGGACGAUGCGGACAACUGGUGCUAUCACAUGCUGGUGAUUGCAGGCCUCCGUUAUGCCCAGGUCAGCCUAGCUCGUGAACAAAGACUCCUCUCCUCCUCUCCUCCUCUCCUCCUGCAUCUUUUCCUGCAGCUUUUCCUGCUCCCUCUCGUUCUGCUUCUCCUCCCCCUGCUCCUGCAUGCUUCCUCUCCACUCCCUCGUCUCCGUGUGCUAACUUCUAUGCUUGCUCCUCCUCACUCGCUCUACGCCAAGUAUCACUCGCACCAUCACGCCUCCUUCGUCACAGAGGCAAUCUCUGGGUCCGUCCAUCCCUUCAUGGAGCAUCUCAUGUACACCGCCAACUUCGCGAUCCCGUUGGUCGGAACAUGGUUGGCAGGAGGAGCAAGCAUCUCGAUGUUCUACCUCUACCUCCUCGGGUUUGAUCUCCUCAACAUGAUCGGGCAUUGCAACUUCGAGUUCUUUCCGUCGGCUCCGUCUGCUGUCUUCCUUGCUCACGGCACCCCGCUGGUGUCUGUCUUUCACUUGCCGUUCAUGACGCGCUCGUUUGCCGCCCAUCCCUUCCGCACCAACCUCAUCAUGUACAUCCUCUGGCCGCUCUGCCUCCCCCUCCUCCUCGUUAUCCGCCUCAUCGGCCGCGUCUUCAUCGCGGACAAGCACAAGCUCCUUCAGCAUCGCAUCGAGACCUGGGUCACCCCGGCCUUUGCCAUGGAGUUCUUCUUCCGCAGCCAGUGGCCCCGCAUCAACAGCUACAUCGAGGACGCGAUCAUGUCGGCAGACGCGGCAGGCGUGAAGGUCUUCGGCCUCGGAGCUCUCAACAAGAACGAGGCGCUAAACGGAGGAGGCUCGCUCUUCGUCAAGAAGCAUCCUGACCUCCGCCUCCGUCUCGUCCAUGGCAACACGCUCACUGCCGCCGCCGUCCUCCACAAGAUCCCCAGGGGAGUGGAGGAGGCGUUUGUGGUGGGAGCGACGUCCAAGUUGGGACGGGCGAUCUCCCUGUACCUGGCGAGGAAGGGGGUCAAGGUCACGAUGAUGACGCAGUCACGCGAGAGGUUCGAGGGCAUCAGGUCAGACUGCCCGGCCGCCUACAGGGGGAACUUGAAGCAUUCGCUGAGCAUCGAGGACGGGAGGAACUGCUCCUGCUGGGUCGUUGGGAGGUUCUUGACCCCCGCAGAGCAGAAGGUCGCUCCCCGCGGCACGACCUUCCAUCAGUUCGUCGUUCCUCCUCUCCCAGAGCUCCGCAAGGAUUGCAGCUACACUUCCCUCCCCGCCUUCACUCUCCCCGACUCCGCCACCGGCUUUCGCAGCUGCGAGAUGACGAUGGAGCGAAGGAAUGUGCAUGCCUGCCAUGCCGGGGCCCUCGUGCAUCUGCUGGAGGGAUGGACACACCAUGAGGUGGGAGCGAUCGAUCCGGAUCGGAUCGACGUGACGUGGGAGGCGGCUGAGCGGCAUGGCUUCCGUCUCGUACCGGACAAGAAAAUUUGCUAG